UCAUGAUAAGAUAUUUCUGUAACGUUGCGUGGUUAGUGAUUAAGUCGUAUUCAAGUUACCCGUCAGGUAUUUUGUACAGCGCGUUUAUCUUAGUAGAAAGAUGUCAGCAAAGCGUCAGGCCACCACAGAGCUAAAUCAUGAUAAUUGGGACCAAGAUGACCCUGACGAACAUGAAGAAAUGGGCACGUUCAAACCUGCUUCUAAAGAAGCUAUUGAGAAACGUGUGAUCAGGACGGCUAAGAGACGAACUCAAAAUUCUUCUGAGGGGGCAAAACAAGGUGUCUUCAGUGGUUUUGGAGGCUUCAGCAAAGCACAACCAUCAUCAUUUGACUUUUUGGCUAACUUGACUAAUGGCAGCAAACCUGUGAAUGGAUCAACUUUGAGUAAAACAGACACCGCUGUUUCAUCCAGCGGCUCGAACAGCAGCCUAGCAACUAGCAGUCCCAGCGGGGGCCUGUUCACCCUCCCAGUGUCAUCAUCUUCUAGUAAAACUCUUUUCAAUCCCACUUCACAGUCAUCAUCAUUGUUCGGGGGCUCAGUGCCUACUUCAUCAUCCAGCUUGUUUACUGCUUCAAAGGCAGAUUCAACGGUUGGAAAUUUCUCUUUCAAACAACAGUCCACCAAAUCGAGUGACACAACUAAAACUGAAUCUACUUCUGUAGUAUCAUCCACCAUGUUUGGUAUACCACCCAACAAUACAGAAGCUAAAAAGUCUUUAUUUUCAACAGCACCUAUAUCAUCACCAUUCAAGGCCCAGACAGUGUCUAGCCUAAAUACAAUUACACCAAACUCCAGCAUUACAUUAAAAAUGGAGACCAAAAGUUCAGAAGAUAAAUCAGAAGAGAGUGACAAAAAAAUGAGAUAUUACACAAAACUCAAAGGAUUGAACGAAUCAGUAUCUGAUUGGAUUAAACAGCAUGUAGAGAAAACACCUUUGUGUAUAUUGUCACCAAUAUUUAAAGACUAUGAGAAACAUCUAAAAGAAAUACAAUCAGAAUAUCAGGGUCCUGAUUCUAAUGAUGCAACAAAGAAACAUUCCGAGACCAACACCAUUAUAAUAGAAUCUAAAGCAGAACAGACUAAUAUCAAGUCUUCACCUUUUACUGGCUCUAGUUCUCUAUUCUCAAGUUCAAAUCUGAAGACAAACUCAACGUCCCCAUUUUCGACACAAAGCAGUCCGAAUUCAUUUGGUGAAAAGGGAUUUAAUAGUGUUAGUAGUGCUUCAAGCCCCCCAAAAACACAAGGAUUUUCUUUUGGCAUUAACAGCUCCCCCCAGAGCUCAACUUUAAUGACAAACUCUCCUGAGUCAACACCAUUUUCAUUUGGGGUCGGAAAGCCAUUUAGCAUCAAUAACUUCAAUGCACCUAAAUCUACAGAAGAAGAGAAAAAUGAGGAUGCCGAUGAUGAACCACCUAAAGUGGAAUACACACCUGUUGUAGAAAAAGACAGUGUCUAUGAGAAAAAAUGUAAAAUAUUUGUAAAAAAAGAUGGCAACUUUGCUGACAGGGGUGUUGGUACACUAUAUAUUAAAAAGAUUGAAGAAAGUGGAAAGUAUCAAUUGCUGGUUCGUGCUAACACUAAUUUGGGCAAUGUGAUGCUAAAUCUAAUCUUAGCUUCAGCUAUACCUACUCAGAGAAUGGGCAAGAAUAAUGUCAUGAUGGUUUGCAUACCGACACCUGAUGCCAAACCACCUCCAACUUCAAUACUUAUAAGAGUCAAAUCUUCAGAAGAAGCCGAUGAACUGUUGGAAACUCUUAAUAAAUACAAGAUGUAGCCCAUUAUACACAGUUAUAGUUUCAACACAUUAAACUCCCCACUCC